AUGGGUAAUUUGUCAUGUUUACUCAAUAGUCAGAAGGAGUUAAUAUGUGAUCUAGAAAGGAAUGAGAUUGAAAUUGUACUGCAUGAACAAGGUGGGAUCUUUGCCGCCAUUUCUGCACGACCUGUAAUCAUCGAAGAGAUUAGAGAGAAACAACUACAAGAUGAAUUCCUGAAAAAGAUUAUGGAUGACAUAGACUCAAAACCGAAGCUAGGAUUUGUGUUGGAGAAUAAUGGGCUAAAAUUCCAGAAUAGACUUUGUGUUCCUGAUUGUUUGGAUUUGAGAAAACGUGUUAUGUCUGAAGCCCACACCUUUGAAUUUUCUAUACAUCCAGGGAAUACAAAGAUGUACCAUGACUUGAAACAAAAUUUCUGGUGGCUGGCAAUGAAGAAAAGCAUUUCCGAUUUUGUGGCUCAAUGGUUGCAUUGCCAACAAGUUAAAGCUAAACAUCAAUGA